AAUUCAUUCAAAUAAAACAACAACGAUUAAUAGUUUACAAAUAACUACUAAUUCAGAGAUCACUACUAAUACAUCUGCUGCAUUAGCAUCUAUUCAAACUUCAAUUAAAUCAUUUUUAUCACAAUGGUUUAUUGAACAUUUUCAUGAUAAAAUAACAGCGGAUCCUUUUGCACUGGGUGUUGUUGAUUAUUUACGUGCACAUUAUUCAUCACAUGUAGCCGCCACCAAUACAACUUUCAUUUCACGUAAUAAAUUAGCUUUACCUAUGGAAAUUCGUAAACCUUCACUUAGUUUAUUGACGCAUAUUAUACAAUCAGCACAAGCAGCUCUUAGAUCUGGUCCGUGUCUUGUUUCUCGUCCAGUUCUAAUUGAAGUACAUCAAUCACUUAACGCUCUUUUACAGCUAGUAAUCAAUUCAGCACUCAAUCGUACUUUUAAUCAAUCUACAUCAUCAACGUCAUCCAUCAAUAGUGGAUCGGCUAUGAAAUCAAGUCCUGCAGGGCCAACUCAAUCGCAUUUAUUAACAACUAGAGCGUCAAGUUCUACGGUUUCUGCAAAUAAUCUCCGAUUUCCAACAACUGCUAAUUUAUCUGCUAUUUCUGGCUUAUCCACUUCUAAUAAAUUUGCUACAAAUGUCGAUACAAAUACUGGUGUUUCACGUAAUCUUGCUACUGUUACUACAUUGAAUAACACCAAACUUAAUCCCGUCGUCAUGCAACAUGUUACAAAUCCCUUAACUUUACAGCUUGCAGCUAGACGUAAAGCACAAGCUUCUGGUAUAGUCGGUCCAUCUAUGACAGUAGAUACUCAUAUGCAACAAGCAUUAAAUAAUAAUUUCAAUAUUUCUAUUCCAAUGGAACAUCCACCUAUGGAAUUGUCAUUUGUCAAUGAACCUAUAAAAAUUCAAUUAAGCAAAGAAGCUGAAGCAGAGGCUAAUACAUUCUUUCAAAAACUACUGGAAGGUAUUAAUCCACCCGAUGAAAUGUUUAAAACUUUAUAUGAUUUUGCAACUCAAGGUACACCUUCCCAACGUAAACUAUUGGAUGGAAUUUUACGUAUGUUAGCUGAUGAAGUUUCACGUCAUUUACAAGAUUAUCCUGAAACUAUGCUACCUUUAUUUGCUGACUUGUAUGGCAGUGUUCUUGCUGCUAGUACACAUCUCUUUUCUAUGAGAGCUCUUUCAAUGCUAUGGCGUUCUGUGUUAGCUCGAUUGUUCACUCUACCACCAGAGACCCAUAUGGAUUCAACGUUGUUUCGUGCUAUGAUUCAUAUUUUAAUGAAGGCUAAAAAUACGUUUGUACACUUUUCUAAUCUUCCAAAUUGUUUAGCCAGUUGUCCAGUCUUCAAAGCGUUUCCGCAUGAUCUUCAAGGAUAUAUUUUAAACUCUGAAUUAGCCAUCAAGAAUUAUGCAAUAUCACAACAAACUACCUCAUCUUUGUCCAAGAAUUUGACAACUACUGGAAGUAGUGGCAGUGGUUCUUCAAAUCAAUUGAUUGCUUCACAUUAUCAACUCACUGAUUCGUUAACACCAUCGACUAGUUUAAAUUUAACCAUGCCUACUUCCAACACUAUUGGUAACAUUGGUGUUCCUGCUGAUACAUCAUCAUGUAUCAAAGCACCUGAUGCACCAGAGGAAAGCAUUUCCGAUCGUGUCUACUUUCUAUUUAAUAAUGUAUCCAAGGUGAAUGCUAAAGAAAAGUCAAAUGAAUUAGCCACAUUGUUGUCAGAAGAUCGACUUAUACCGUGGUUUGCUUUUUAUCUUGUCAGUAAACGAAUACCAGUUGAACAAACAUUUCAUGAUCUCUUCGCUUUGGUACUUGAUCAUAUUCAAGAAAAAGUGCCAAAUGUUAGACCUAAAGUUAUGUAUGAACUUAUAAGGCAUAUCAAGUUUAUUCUGCGUAAUAUGCGUCUGGACAAAGAUGAUAUGCAAGCACGUAGCACCUUGAAGAAUUUUGGCAGUUUUCUUGGUCUAAUCACCUUGGCACGUAAUAAACCAGUCCUGCAUGAUGAUUUAAAUAUUAAAGAUCUUAUAUAUGAAGCUUAUUACAAAGGUCCUAUUCCUACUCAAUACGUAGUUCCAUUUGUUGCUCGAGUUGUUCGAGGUGCAACUGAAAGUUUGGUAUUUCGUCCACCUAAUCCAUGGACUAUGGCAAUAUUAAAAGUUUUACGUGAAUUGUAUGAUAUGGAGAAUGUAAAGGAUUGGUUACGUUUUGAAAUUGAAAUCCUUUAUCGUGCAUUUGACCUAAAUCUGAACGAUAUACCAUCUGCAAAUUUUCUUCGAGACCUAACACACUCAUCUAAUUUAGAUAUUGAACUGUGUUUCAUUGCAACUACUACAAGCACUAUCACUACUGCUACUACUACUACCACUACUACCAUUGGAUCUAUGAAUACACCUGGCCAAAUUAUAGUAUCAAAUAUGACUAGUACACCUGCAAUAACUAGUAUAGAUUCAUCAUUUUAUCCCGGUUCUUCGUUUACUACUCCUGACUUCUCGGUUACAACAACAGUGGCAAUGGCGGCAACAACGACAGUGACUACGUUUUCUGUUGGAGCUACAACAACCAGCUCGAAUUUACCAUCAUCUGAACAACAGAAACAGCUGUCCAACAUGCUUGCUUUGUUCCAUAAACACCAACAACAGAUUUCUCCUACGGAUUCCAUAUCAACACAACAAUCAGUAUAUUCAACCCCUGGUUUAGAUAUAACUAAUUUAAUUCAAAACUCUUCUACUAGUUCUAAUCAAACUCGUCAAACAGCCGCUGCAAUUGCUGCCGCUGUAGCUGCUAUCAAAAAACAGCAACAGUUUGGUCCGCCUCUUUCUGGAACUGGUCCUUCUUCUUCUUCUCCAUCUUCUACUUCUUCUGCAUUAGCAUUACAACAACAUCAACAACAGUUGAAUACUGCGAUGGCGGCUUUUCAACCACUACCCCAAUCUCACCAACAACAGUCACAUCAACCACAGACCCUUCAAAAUAUUUUACCCAUUCAUAAUCAACCAAAUGUUACACAAUCGACUAAUAUUACCAGUGGUGGACUAAAUGGAGAUUUAACUGGUGGUAAUACGUUAUUCACUGGACAUUUACUACGCUACGAAGAUGUGAACAUUCGAAGUAUUCGUGCUUGUUUAAAUCUUGAUGAAUUAUUAACAAAUGCCGCUAUCAAUAGUCGAAAUGGUGGUACUAAUUCAAAUGGAAUUACUGCUGCAUUUGCUUUACUUCAAGCUAAUCCUCGACUACGUGGAUUAAUUGAACCUGCUGUUCUACGCGCCAUCAAUGAAUUGACCACUCCAGUAUUCGAACGUUGUGCACGUAUCACAGUUACAACUGUUGUCGCUAUCGUCCGCAAAGAUUUUGCAUUAGAUCCAGAUCCUUCACGUAUGUUGUAUGCAGCUUGUCAAAUGAUUCGACAUCUUGCCGCUGGAAUGUCAUUAAUUACUGCAAGAGAAGCUUUAGGCAUGUCACUUGUGACAAGUUUAAAAAAUAUCAUUCUUACUGAAGUCCAAUCUGCUACCGGGCAGGAAAAAGAAGCUGUACAACAAUUGGCUUAUCUAGUUGUUGGCAAAAGUAUGCAUGUUUGUUUAGCGUAUAUGCAAAAGUCAGUAGCUGAAAAAGCUGUGAAAGAUGUCGAGAAAAAAUUAGAGGCGGAUAUAAAACUUCGUACUGAACUUGGUCCUAUACGUUUCAUGGAACAGGCUGUAAACCAAUUAGCAUCACAACAAUCUAAUAUGCCUGAAUCACUACGCCUUACAGCUGGUGGUCCAACUGCCACAGAAAUGUCAGUCUAUGAAGAAUUCGGCCGUGUUAUUCCCGGCUUUGCUCCGAGCUCAUCUGGAGCCAUGGUGAAUAUGCCUUCAUCAUCCAUUUUACUUCCUGUGUCUUUGAACCCAUUAACUGCCGUUCAAAACAUUUCUUCAUCUACUGUAAAUUCUGCAGCAUCAAUGGCUGCAUAUCUUCAACUAUCUGCAUCACAGAAACAACAACUUUCUUCUACUGGUAUCAUUCAGCGACAGACUACUCCUGCAAUAUGCACUGCUAGCGGGUCGUUUAUGAAACCACAAGGCUAUCCAACUGCAGCUAGUCAACCAUCAACUAACUUUCAGGCUCCACUAUCUGGUUUGUUUGACAAGAUAAGUGGACAGAUUGAACGUCAUUUAAUAGCUAUUUCUGGUCGAUUACGUCCUGCCAAUGAUCCAAUGUGCCAAUCUUUACGUUGUUUAAUUGAUGCUGUUCACCUAGCUAAAACAAGUCGUGACACAAAUGUUGCUAACAAUAUUAUCACAAUUAUGGUACGUAGUUUCCUGGAGCAUUAUCGACCUAGUUUUUGGCGUGACCAACCACGUGGUUUAGAAACAAUGGAACACUUAAAAGAGGCUCACAUGCUUACUCUUCGACAUAUGCUAUCUUUAGAACAAACUCCGUUUGGAUAUGCAUGGGUUACUCGACAGGUCACACACACAUGGAUUCAUUUAGACGGAGGAAAUGUUUCCGGUUCUGGUGGUGUCAACCAAGGUGUCACGUCAUUAUCAAACACUAGCGGGAAUACAGCUGAUGAUUUGCAAAAUCAAGAAUUAGACUUGAAUAUCGCUCCUACUGAAAAUAAGACUUCAUCACUGGAUGACAUGGUGGACACCACUGCCACUAAUAAUUGGACAGUGGGAGGAGGUAGUUGGAAACAACUUACUGAAAAUAAUAACAGUCAAAUCGCUGCUGCUCAUGAUAAUCGUCUUGUUUCAGUCAAAUGGAAUUGGGAAGCAUUCGCUGAAUUUCUACGAGUUCAUGUUAUUUAUUUCUCCCAAAUCGAUACAUAUUUAGCUCAAGAAGUUGCCAAAGGUCAUCCAGGCGCAAUUACUUUUGUCAUUGAUUUAUUAGAUCAUUUUGUACUACCUUGCCCUAAUGGCACGUCAUUAGGAGCAGCAGCAGCUGCUGCUGCUAGUUAUGCUCGUGCCAAUUCAUCAUCGACUAUUCCUUGCACUGCCGUGGGUUCGAGUGUUAGUGGUGCUAAUUCUGGCUCCGCAUCUGUCAAUGUUAGUGUUUCUGGAGUUAAUGCAAACUAUCCAAUUGGUGGUGUUGGCGGUCCUACUUCAGUAUCAUUUUCAACAAAACGCGAAUUUACUGUAUUGAAUGAAUAUGAUUUAUGGUCUACUUUAGAAGCUUUAAGAAAUCGUGUAACGUUUCUUAAUAACACUAACCUAUCAACAUCAUCAUUAACCGAUCCAUUGGGUUUACGGUUACGUUUGGCUUGUGCACGUGUCCGAGGUUUAUUGGAUUUGGGACUUAUGGAACAAUCCCCAUUGUUCAACAAUCCAUCUUGUACUAUUGGAGCAUUGUAUGCUGGAUGUAGUCAAGCUCAUGAAUUUGACGAUCCGCCUAAUCUACAGGAAAAAGUUGAAUUGAUUAUGCGUAAUUGGGUUGAAAUCUAUCAAAGUCCUAAACAACGUGAUCCUGCUACAAUAGAUGCACUUCUUAGUCAACUGACACAAAUCGGUGUCUUGCCAAAUAUUAAUAAUUCAACUCGUUUCUUACGCUUAGCCACAAUUUUCGUGAUUGAACGAGCUUUGAAACAAUUGAAGUUGGAAGAACAACAACAACAACAACCUCAAGUUCCUAAUGGAGGAGGAGGGGGAUCAAAUUUUAGUUCGAAUCCGGCGAUUAAUCGUGUUGCAGCUUACGUUGAACUAGAUGCUUAUGCUCGUCUAGUUAGUAUAUUAAUUAAUCAAUUAGGUGAAACACCUCAAAGUGAAUACCCUAAUGCUAAGGUCGCAUUAUUAAACAAGGUCCUCGGACUUAUCGCUGGUACACUACUUCAAGAGCAUGAAGUACGACGUGAUUUAUUCCAUCCUAUGCCUUUUGAACGUCUCCUAGUUAUCCUAUUUGUCGAAUUGCAGUCUUCAUUAUCACUACCUACAGCAACACAGUUUACUGUAGGUGCAUCUCCAAGAUCAGAUGGCAAUGUGGAUGAAGGAUGUGUUGAGAAUGUGAAUUCAGAUGUUCAUCAGAAUACUGACACGGAUAAAGCUUGUGCAGGUAAACAUGCCGACAGUGUUGGUGGUGGUGAGCCUCGAAUACCCAUCGCAUCAAUAAAAUCAUUGGGUCCACUGACUUUUCAACAACAACUUCCUCUUAUCUUUUGUCAUCUAUUACAUUGUUUAAGACCGGAAAAAGCUACUGCAUUUGUAUUUUCUUGGCUGGAAAUGUUAACUCAUCGUUGGUUUGUUGGAUGCAUCCUAUCAGCUCCUGGUCCUCCAAAACUUCGAGCGGCAUAUCAAGCAAUGUAUGCACAAUUGUUGGCAGAUUUAUUGAAAUUUCUAGGCUAUUUCCUUCAAAAUGCUCUUAUGCCAAAACCAAUCCAGUGUUUAUACAAAGCUACAUUACGGCUGUUGUUGGUGUUAAUUCAUGAUUUCCCUGAAUUUGUUUCUGAUUACUAUGCAUUGUUUUGUGAUGUUGUCCCAUCUAAUUCUAUUCAAAUGCGUAACAUAAUUCUAUCUGCACUACCCAAACGAGGCAUACCUUCGGCGGACCCAUUACAAGCUCCUCCAGUUGACCAAUUAGCUUCUCUUGAAGAUCCUACUGGUUAUUGUAUGGAAGCUGGUUCACGACUCCCAGAGCCGAUGAGAUGUGAGCUCGAUGCAUAUCUAACCACUCGAGCACCUGUUAAACUACUCAGUGAAUUAGUUACAAUGUUAAGACGUGCUGAUGAUAUCAUCCCGCCUAUACCACCACUUCAGUUUGCCUAUCAUCCUCAACAACAGGCUAGACAUCAACAAGCCCUGGCAGCAUACGCAGUUGCUUUAGCUGCUAAUGAUGUUGGUCCAGGUUCUUCAGUAAAGAAUGAAGACAAGCCUACUGACGAUCAUUUUACACCUAGUUCCACUUCCACACAGGCUGUAAACAAAAUAUCUGGGAAAACUGGGACAACAGAAUCUUGGGAGAGUAGUGGCAUCAUAUCGUCGUCCUCGGCAGCAGUUUCUGACAGUAACAACGAGACAUCUUCAUCGUCUGCAAGCAAUACUACUACUUCACGAACAACACUGACUGUACCCAACUCUGUCGUCAGUGGCGGUUCUGGUGCUGCAUUGGCUGCUUUAUUAUGGGGUGUACGCGCUACUCAACAAUUAGCUACAUUUGGUCUAGCCGAUAGUAUGCAUUACAAUAUUGAAUUAAUGACAAAUUUAACAUUAUACGUUUGUAUUACUGCUAUUCGUAAUUUACGCGAAAAAGGUAUGCCAUUGAAUAUGAGCACUAUUGCUCAUACUCCACAAAUGGAUAUUAUACAAAGUCUAGUUUUAAAUCUUGACAAUGAAGGUCGUUAUCUUUUGCUUAACUGUAUGGCAAAUCAACUACGUUAUCCUAAUUCGCAUACAUACUAUUUCAGUUAUACAAUAUUAUAUUUAUUCUCUGAACAAUCUAAAGAACAAGUUAAAGAGCAAAUUAGUCGUGUUCUUAUGGAAAGAUUAAUUGUAAAUCGUCCACAUCCAUGGGGUUUAUUAAUGACUAGUGCAGAACUAUUACGUAACCCAGCAUAUCGAUUUUGGGAACAUGAAUUUGCUCGAUGUAAUCCAGAAAUUGAAGCAAUUGUAACUAUUGUCGCUCGUAGUUGUAUACCAAAUUUUCAAAUUCCCAAUGUAAAUUCUUCUGAUACUUGUACAACUUCUAGUGUUGUUUCAUCGAGUCUACGUUAUGCUUUAUUAUCGUCUGGUACCGCUCAAGGUUCAGUGUAAUCAAUUAGGAUGACAACACUAUGUAUGUGUAUUUGUGUGAAUAAAUUAUUAUCUUAUCUGUAUUCUUUUUCUUUGCACACCCCCCUCAUCCUAUUAUUCUAUAUUCACAAUUGUAAUUGUUUGUCCAAAAGAAAAGUAUGUUCAAAUCAAUAACAUGUGUAUCUAAUCAGUCAAUUAUCAUUGUUGAAAUUACUCUUCAAUCUUAUCAUUUCACAUUCAUAUCAUUGACCGAAUUCCAUUACUAUUAUAACAAACGUUUGCCUUCUGUUUUUUUUGUUUUUGUACUUUUUCUUUGGUUCGUGUGUGUGUGUAUGUGUGUGUGUGUGUGUGUUUAUGUUUGUGAUAGAGAUGAUAACAUUGUGUUUAUAUUGUUUUCUUUCUAUUUCGGAUUAAAGUAAAGUACCCCCACAAUGAACCUACUUGGUUCCUUUAUCCUCUUUGUAAAAUUUCAUUAUUGACCUCAUAUACAUAAAUAUAUAUAAUCUUUUUUUUCUAGAAAAA